GUCCCCGGGCACGGAGCAUGGAGAGGGACCGGAGGCAAGCGCAGCGCCAGCAGCAUCUCUUCUACCUUCCUAGACACCUCCACGUCGCUACUCCAGAGCUGGAAGUCAGCCUUGCCACCAGCAGGCGGACUCACGUCCUUUCCUUUCCUCUUCCAGGAGCCACCCAACUCCUGCGCUCCUCCAGCCCCUGCGGCCAGCGCUCGGCGGGCAUCCGCUCCCUGAGGCUGCCGCGCGGUGCGGCGUCGAGCAUCCUCGCCGAGUUCCUUUCUCCUCUCUGUCCGCCUUCCGCCCUCUCCAUCACACCUGCUGCCCCUCUUUGCCUCUCUUCCGCAGAAUCGUCAAGUCCCCAGCUCUCGCCGGCGCCUCUUUAGCAACCUCGCCCUUCCCAGCGCCCUUACAUUCCCAAGCGCCCGGUCUCCCCCGCUGCCAUGAGCUCCCCCAUCAGCAAGGGCCGCUCCCUUGCCGCCUUCCUACAGGAGCUGCGCAGCCUGGGGCAGCCCCCCAGACCCGUGACAUCUACGGCGUGCGCGCCCCGUCGGCCGCGGGAGGUGCCCCUCUGCCCCAUGAUGGAACGGGGCGCGGCGCAAGACGCGGCCGCCCUGCCCGGUCCCACCAAGUGGCCACUGCUGGGCAGUCUGCUGGAGAUUCUCUGGAAGGGAGGGCUCAAGAAACAGCACGACACGCUGGCGGAGUACCACAAGAAAUAUGGCAAGAUUUUCCGCAUGAAGUUGGGUUCCUUCGACUCGGUGCACUUGGGCUCGCCGUGUCUGCUGGAAGCGCUCUACCGCACGGAGAGCGCGUACCCCCAGCGGCUGGAGAUCAAACCGUGGAAGGCCUAUCGCGACUAUCGCGAGGAGGGCUACGGACUGCUGAUCUUGGAAGGAGAAGACUGGCAGAGGGUCAGGAGUGCCUUUCAAAAGAAACUAAUGAAACCAGUGGAAAUUAUGAAGCUGGACAACAAAAUCAAUGAGGUCUUGGCUGAUUUUACAGGUAGAAUAGGUGAGCUCUGUGAUGAGAGAGGCUGCAUGGAAGACUUGUACAGCGAGCUGAACAAAUGGUCAUUUGAAAGCAUCUGCCUUGUGCUAUAUGAGAAGAGAUUUGGGCUCCUUCAGAAGGAUGCAGGCGAUGAAGCUUUGAAUUUCAUCAUGGCCAUCAAAACAAUGAUGAGCACAUUUGGGAGAAUGAUGGUCACGCCAGUCGAGCUGCACAAGAGCCUCAACACCAAGGUCUGGCAGGCGCACACUCUGGCCUGGGACACCAUUUUCAAAUCGGUCAAAUCUUGUGUCGACAACCAGUUAGAGAAAUAUUCUGAGCAGCCCAGCAUGGAUUUCAUUUGUGAUAUUUAUCACCACAAUCAGCUUUCAAAGAAGGAAUUGUAUGCGGCUGUGACGGAGCUCCAGCUGGCUGCGGUGGAAACGACAGCAAACAGCUUAAUGUGGAUUCUCUACAAUUUAUCUCGUAAUCCCCACGUGCAACAAAAGCUUCUUAAGGAAAUUCAGAGUGUACUGCCUGAGAAUCAGAUGCCACGGGCAGAGGAUUUGAGGAAUAUGCCAUAUUUAAAAGCCUGUCUGAAAGAAUCUAUGCGGCUUACCCCGAGUGUGCCAUUUACAACUCGGACUCUUGACAAAGCAAUGGUUCUGGGGGAAUAUGCUUUACCCAAAGGAACAGUACUGAUGCUAAAUACCCAUGUGUUGGGGGCCAGUGAAGAAAAUUUUGAAGAGUCAAGUCAGUUUAGACCCGAACGAUGGCUUCAAGACAAGAAAAAGAUCAACCCUUUUGCCCAUCUUCCAUUUGGCAUUGGGAAAAGAAUGUGCAUUGGUCGCCGAUUAGCCGAGCUCCAGCUCCACUUGGCUCUCUGCUGGAUCGUCCGCAAAUAUGACAUCGUGGCCACGGACAAGGAGCCUGUGGAGAUGCUGCACUUGGGCAUCCUGGUACCCAGCCGGCAGCUCCCCAUCGCUUUCUACCAGAGAUAGGAGGCCUCAGAUUUUUUUUUUUUUACCAAGACCACGAGCAGCAAUUUUUACCCUUUUGCAAGAAUGAGGCUUUGGGCUUCUGCAUGACAGGAAAGCAAACAUCAGAAACCUGAGCAUGAAACAGCAUGUAAAGAACAUUUAGUCCCAGGUGUUUAUACUCCUUCUUCUGUACAAUUGUUCUAGAAGCUGUACUGUCUGUGUAGCUGAUGGUAUUUAUUAAGAUGGUAUCUGGUUCAGGGAAAGCAGAUUGUUGGAAUACCAGGCACUCUACAGGGUAUACCGCCUGCUUACACGUAACUUACACGUAACUGACAUCAGCACCAUCCUGACUUACACAGAAUUGCUCAUCAUCCUGUUUUCUCUUGUAUAGGGCAGUUGGGCACUUAUCCGUUGGUCAGGUAGAAGUCACUAAAUGUUUCUGUCCUAGCUUUACCAGAUUCACUGCUGGAAUCUUCACUUCUCAGAAGUUUACAUUUCACAAUGAAAGACCGACUAUAGCUAGAUUACUGGGGGCCCUGUGUAGUAUUGACGAUCCAUUUGUUGUAACUCCGUCUAAUAUAUUUGGGGAAAUACUGCUUAAUAAUAGAAGCAAAACUAAAUAUUAGUUAAAGUUAUCAGGUCCCUAUGAAGCUUUUUUUUUUCUUGUUUUGAAAU